AUGCUUCGAUCUCUCGCUUCUUUUAUAACCACUCUCGUUUCCUUCCUAUCACAAAAUGCUGCUAGUAUUGCACUUGAUGUCCAUGAUACGCAAUCCAUUCUCGAGGCGGCGUCCUUGACCGCUCGCAACGUGGUUGACUUGUAUAAUGGCAACGAGACGGGAGGCAUCUUAGGGAAAUGGCCAUUCCCGCCCUACUACUGGUGGGAAAGUGGCGGCGCAUGGGGCGGGUUGAUGGAAUACUGGCAUUACACUGGGGAUGAGACCUACGUCGAUGUCAUGCAAGAAGGGCUGAUUGUUCAACUCGGUCCUAACAAUGACUUUGUCGUCCCUGCUGAGGCUUUCGACACCGGGAGCGACGACCAAGCCUUCUGGGUCUUUGUGGCCAUGUCCGCUGCCGAAUACUCCUUCCCUCAACUACCUGCGCCCUAUCCAUCCUGGCUCCAGAUUGUCAACAAUGCCUGGGAAGACUACGUUUCUCGCUGGAACUCUUCAUUGUGCAACGGAGGUCUAAAAUGGCAGUUCAAUCCUCAAAAUGCAGGCUACCACUACAAGAACAGCAUCUCGAACGGCGCAUUCUUUCAACUCUCGGCAAGGCUGGCAAGGUUCACUGGCGAUCAAACAUACAUGCGUUGGGCAGACACAAUCUGGAAUUGGGCAUCAGGAAUUGGCUUGGUAGACAAUAUCUACAAUGUAUUUGACGGAACUGAUGAAAUGGUCAACUGCACUGGAGUCGAUCACCAUCAGUGGACUUACAACGUUGGAGUCUUCCUCUACGGUGCUGCUGUGCUGCAGAACUACACUGAUGGUUCCUCGCCUUGGAUUGAGCGCACAGCUGGCCUGCUCGACUCUACAAACACAUUCAUCAGUCCUUUCCGGAAUGCAUCCAAUAUCCUGUUCGAGGCUGAAUGUGAGAUCUCCAUGACCUGCAAUGUCGACCAGCUGUCCAUGAAAGCAUACCUCAUUCGGUGGAUGGCUGCGACGUCAAAGAUGGCGCCUUUCACAGCAGGUCGAAUUGGUGAGGUUCUGCGAGCUUCCGCCCAAGGUGCAGCAGCAGCAUGCACGGGGGGUGCUAACAACACCACCUGUGGGAGUAAAUGGUAUGUUGAUGGAUGGGAUGGGACAACAGGACUCGGUCAACAACUCUCGGCGCUGGAAGUCAUGUACGCUCUCUUGGUCAAUCAGACCAACCCGCCAGCUACCUACCCAAAUGUCUCGAUCCUGCCCGCUCCACCUUUGCCGACAAUCACCGUCACUGCCACAGAAGGGCUUCCUACGGCCAGUGGCGUCGCCCGCCCGCUUCACGAUGGAGCAGCAGCAGUCAUACAAUCCAAGGCUCAGAAUAAGAUUCGACCUCUUGUUGCUGCUCUUUUCACCUCACUGACUGUCACGUAG